GGUGAAUGGAGAGUCAAGAAGCACGUUUUAAAUGCCUUUAUGAUAAAUGCAAGGACACUUUCCAGCGUAUUGAAAGCUAUACAAUUUAGAGAUACUGCAACCUGCUUUAUCAGUUCCACUGGAUUGAGAGUGACAGUAGAGCAGGAAAAGUGUGUACAAGCAGGGAUAUAAUAGACUAACGUUACUAUACGUUAGUCUAUUAUAUCCCUGGUACAAGCAAAUUGUUUUGUAAAAUCAGAUCUCUUUCAAGCCUACAACUACAAUGAGGACUCCACACUGAUAUUUAAUAUUGACCUUAAUGUCAUAAUUGAAUGUUUGUGUAUUUUUGGUAAUGAAGGAAACACAUCUUUAAGAUUGUACUAUGAUGGAUAUGGGACUCCACUUCAAUUAGUUCUUGAAGAGAAUGAAGUGGUCACUGAGUGUUCAAUUCAAACCUCAGAAGCUGAUGAAACGCUUGACUUUGAUUUUGUGUCAGCAAACAUUUGCAAUAAAGUGAUCAUUAAAUCAGAGUGCAUGAGGGAGACUUUCAAUGAGUUGGAUUUGAGUAGUGAAUUUAUUGAGAUUUACAUGUCAGAGGAAGAACCAAAUUUUAGACUGUCUACUCAUGGAUAUACAGGGACCACUCACUCUGAUUAUCCUAAAGAGUCUGAUAUGGUUGAAGUAUUCGAGUGCAAAACAACUCAAAAGAACAAAUACAAGCUUGCAUUACUAAAGCCUUUAGCUAAGGCACUUAGUCCAUCAUCAAAGAUAGCAUUAAGGAUGGACACAAGAGGUUUCCUCUCAUUGCAGUUCAUGAUAGUCACUGAGGAUAAACAACUUUGCUUUGUAGAAUACCUGUGUGUUCCUGAAGAUGAUAGCAAUGAAAGCUAGCAAUCAACUUUAUACUAAAAACUACUGACCAAUUUCACCUUCAAUCAUGUAAUACACUUCA